AUGUCAAUAUCAGUAGACCCCGCAAACUUUAGCGUGUGUACCUUUCUUUUACUUCAGUAUCUCUCUGAAAUCCACCCCCAUCCAUAUCCACAGUCCUCUCCCAGAUCGAAUGCAAACGAGUCUCCACGGUUUCCUAGCGAACUUCACGAGAUGGUGUGUAGUAAGCUGCUUCCAGUAGAGGUAGCGCCGAGCUUGGCGCACAGCAGCGGAGAUAGAUUCAAGCAACCUCUGCGAGUGCAGUGUCGCAAUCUCUCGACCAAGCUGAAUAGCAAAGUAGAGGAUCCGUUAGUAGCAAAGAGCAAGCAAGGAAGUCUGGAUUACCAUGUCAACGUAGGCUAUGCCAUCAGGACUUUGCGGGAGGAGCUGCCUGUUCUGUUCCACAGAGAUCUGAGCUAUCAGAUAUACAGAGAGGACAUCUCUUUCAGAGAUCCAGUGAACUGCUUUCACGGACUUGGGAACUACAAGUUUAUUGUACAGGUGCUCCGGCUGAAUGGUAGAAUGCUCUUCAAGUCGAUCUGGGUGGAAAUCUUGAGCGUCUGGCAGCCUUCGGAGAGCACUAUUGUGAUCAGAUGGUCUGUUCGCGGCAUUCCACGAGUGCCGUGGGAAGCCAGAGGUCUCUUCGACGGCGUUUCCGAGUACAAACUGGACAGUAAAGGAAAGAUUUAUGAGCACAAGGUACAUAACGUUAUCUUCAACUCACCUCCAAAAUGCAAAGUUGCGACGACUGUCUCGGAUCUUGUCGCAGCCACUACGCACAUGAAUUACUAAAUGACACUUGAAGUAGAGCUCAUGGCAGAACAAAAGACAAGGUUUAACUCUUACAGCAGUGAGGCCGAUAAAAAUGAAUAAUCACAACGAAAAGAAUACAGCAAAACUCACUCGUCCUACGCAUUGUACAAACACUCUCACAAAAUGGAGUAAGUUUCCUGCAAGCGAAUGUACACAGCUUUAAAACCAGCAAUAACAUAGAGAGGAUGUUUACUCACC